GGUUAAAACACACCUUUUCCGGUGUUUCGUUUCAAAAUAAAACACCAUUGGUAUUUAUUUCCGGUGUCAUGCAAGCGAAACCUUCCCCUCCUUUAUGGGGCGCUGUGGCGAAAGAGCUCGCUGUGUUUACAUGAAGCGGAUGGCAAGAUGGCGGAGGCAGAGAAGUCUAAAGAGGGCUCUUGCACUUUCUUGUUCAGAAAAUCCACAAAGAAAUUCUCAGGACGGAAAAGGCAAGCCAGUGACAGCGACAAAGAUGGCAACAGUGACGAAGACCAGAGCUCUGUGGUCAGAAGGGACACGAAAGAAAAACGAAUGAAUCCGAUGAUUCAAAAGUCCAAGAAAGUGGAGAAGGAGGCUGUAUCUUCCAGUGAAAGUGGUGAAGACAACGAGGACAAGAAGAUAACUGUGUCCUACAAGUCCUCACGCUCCGCUAAACCAGAAGGCCCAGAGGACAUGGGUGCGACAGCAACAUACCAAUUGGACACAGAGCGAGACAAGGAUGCUCAGGCCAUCUUUGAGAGGAGCCAGAAAAUCCAGGAGGAGCUGGAGGGCAAAGAGGACGAUAAAAUCUACCGUGGCAUCAACAACUACCAGAAAUAUAUCAAACCAAAAGACACCACCAUGGGCAACGCAUCCUCAGGCAUGGUCAGGAAAGGCCCGAUCCGAGCCCCUGAACACCUGCGAGCCACAGUCAGGUGGGACUACCAGCCAGACAUCUGCAAAGACUACAAGGAGACGGGUUUCUGCGGUUUUGGAGACAGCUGCAAGUUCCUUCACGACAGGUCCGACUACAAGCACGGCUGGCAGAUCGAAAGGGAGCUGGAGGAGGGCAGAUACGGCGCAAACGAAGAGGAGAACUAUGAGGUGAGCAGUGAUGAGGAGGACCUGCCCUUUAAGUGCUUCAUCUGCAGGGAGUCCUACAAGAGUCCCAUCAUCACAAAGUGCCGCCAUUACUUCUGUGAGGCCUGCGCUCUUCAGCAUUACCGCAAGUCCAAGCGCUGCUACGUGUGCAACACUCAGACCAACGGCGUCUUCAAUCCAGCCAAGGAAUUGAUGGCAAAGAUAGAGAAACGCAAAGCCGCCGGCGAUCUGCCACCAUCAGAUGAAGAAGAUUAGCUUUCCCUCGUUGUCCCCUGCUGUCUUUGUCUGUGUACAUUUUGAAUAAAGUUGUAUUUUGUAGAAAAGAAACAUCUUAGCUGUGUGGACCUGUCAAGUGGAAACAUCACUUUAUUGUCAGGUUCAGCUUGCAGCACUAAGCUUUGCCCCCGCUGUCAAGCCAAUGUAACAUUCAUGCACACGGCCAUUUAGGGACAUGCAUACGCAUGCGGACUCCUCCGGAAGUUUUCAAGUUUGAGGUGACGACUUGCUGUCACAGGCUAUGAUGAGUGAGUAUUAGAGCGUCUCCUGUUGGAUUUUGUGAGCAAACAUCAGAAACCUGGUGACGUCAAAAGCAGCAAUGUGGCGAUUGUCCAGGUCUUAACCUCCAAGCAGAGUAAUGUUGAUUUCUUUACACGGAGCAACGCGACAGAAAUGUCUCUCCUCGCUAACGUCAGAAGUCCCAGUCGUCCACAUCCAGAUGGCUAAGACCUGAUUCCAGACUGGCCAGUCCAGACGGGGAGGGCUGCAGCUGGGAGCUCUCCGAGCUACUGAUGGGCGAGGCGGGCCUCAAGAGUUCGGGCAGCGCCUCUGAGGGACGCCUCUUGAUCUGAAAGAAACAUAAUCACUAAACUUUGGUUUUCAAAUGCCCCAGUUUUCCUAUGAUUUGGUUUUUGCCCAGAAUAUUUUUUCCUACAAUAUUGUGUGUAACAAACUAUUCUGUUCUCAGCAUUUACCUGUCAUUCCUCAGAAUGGAGUGCCCAAACAAAGCACCCUACAUGUUAUUGAAUCGCUGCCUGUGCAUUUUUUAUUGAGUGCGUCUACUCAAUAACCCAACACGGGGCCAAAGAAAAGAAAGUUGC